GUUCAUCACAGUUUCUCCAGUUUGGGCAGCCACAUUACGAGCUCGUGCUGAACGUUCGAAACUUCAUUCUUCUAAUCCAGUUUUAGAAAAACCAAAACCUUCAACAAAAUGCGUGAAUGUAUCUCAGUCCAUGUUGGCCAAGCCGGUGUCCAAAUCGGUAACGCCUGUUGGGAGUUGUACUGCUUGGAGCAUGGAAUCCAACCUGAUGGCCAGAUGCCAUCUGACAAGACCGUCGGAGGUGGAGAUGAUUCCUUCAACACCUUCUUCAGCGAGACCGGCGCUGGCAAGCACGUGCCAAGGGCUGUCUUCGUCGACUUGGAACCAACCGUAGUCGAUGAGGUCCGUACCGGCACAUACCGUCAGUUGUUCCACCCCGAGCAAUUGAUCACCGGCAAGGAAGACGCCGCCAACAACUACGCCAGAGGUCACUACACCAUCGGCAAGGAAAUCGUCGACUUGGUUUUGGACAGGAUCCGUAAAUUGGCUGACCAAUGUACCGGACUCCAAGGAUUCCUCAUCUUCCACUCCUUCGGUGGUGGUACCGGUUCCGGUUUCACCUCCUUGUUGAUGGAAAGGCUCUCCGUAGAUUACGGAAAGAAGUCCAAGUUGGAAUUCGCCAUCUACCCAGCUCCUCAAGUCUCCACCGCCGUCGUCGAACCAUACAACUCCAUCUUGACCACCCACACCACCCUCGAACAUUCCGACUGCGCUUUCAUGGUCGACAAUGAAGCAAUAUAUGAUAUCUGUCGCCGUAAUUUGGACAUCGAACGCCCGACUUACACCAACUUGAAUCGUCUGAUUGGUCAAAUUGUCUCCUCGAUCACCGCUUCCCUGCGUUUCGAUGGUGCCCUCAACGUCGAUCUCACCGAGUUCCAAACUAACUUGGUGCCAUACCCACGUAUCCAUUUCCCUCUGGUCACCUACGCUCCAGUCAUCUCCGCCGAGAAGGCUUACCAUGAACAGCUCUCCGUUGCCGAGAUCACCAACGCUUGCUUCGAGCCAGCCAACCAGAUGGUGAAAUGCGACCCACGUCACGGAAAGUACAUGGCCUGUUGCAUGUUGUACCGUGGUGAUGUCGUCCCCAAGGACGUCAACGCUGCGAUCGCUACCAUCAAGACCAAGCGUACCAUCCAAUUCGUCGACUGGUGUCCAACUGGUUUCAAGGUCGGCAUCAACUACCAACCACCAACUGUCGUCCCAGGUGGCGAUUUGGCCAAGGUACAACGUGCCGUCUGCAUGUUGUCCAACACCACCGCCAUCGCUGAGGCCUGGGCCCGUUUGGACCACAAGUUCGACUUGAUGUACGCCAAGCGCGCCUUCGUCCAUUGGUACGUCGGUGAAGGUAUGGAAGAAGGUGAAUUCUCUGAGGCUCGUGAGGAUCUUGCUGCUUUGGAGAAGGAUUACGAAGAAGUUGGCAUGGACUCCGGCGAAGGCGAAGGAGAAGGUGGCGAAGAAUAUUAAACGAAUGGAAACAGUCAUUUGUAUUGAUGUUUUUUUCAUAAUGGUUUUUGAAUAAAAAUUGUUUUGACUGCUCUCUGACUGCAUAAA